GCGGGGCCGCCUGGGGGAUGAAGUCGGGGCCACUCGGCUCGCCAGCCUCGCUCACAGCUGCUGGGCGCCAGGCAGAGCGUCCCCAGCCUCCGGACGGGCGUGCAGACCUCUGACCCUGGAGUCUCUUGGCCGCCGGGAGUCGUCCGCUUGGGUCGUCGCCCGGGCCGCCCGCCGUUCUCCGGCCCCGAGGGGCCCGGCCGGCAGCUGCGAGGGGAGAGGUCAGCAUGAGCCGGGGGGUCCGGCGGGCCGGCGCAGGGCAGGGGGCGGCGGCCGCGGUGCAGCUGUUGGUCACCCUGAGCUUCCUCCCGAGCGUCGUCGAGGCCCAGGUCACCGGUGUCCUGGAUGACUGCUUGUGUGAUGUUGAUAGCAUCGAUAACUUCAACACCUUCAAAAUCUUCCCCAAAAUAAAAAAGCUGCAAGAACGAGACUAUUUCCGUUAUUACAAGGUCAACCUGAAGCGACCGUGUCCUUUCUGGGCAGAAGAUGGCCAUUGUUCAAUAAAAGACUGUCAUGUAGAACCUUGUCCAGAGAGUAAAAUUCCAGUUGGAAUUAAAGCUGGGAGUUCUAAUAAGUACUUGAAAGUGGCAAACAAUACCAGAGAAUUAGAAGAUUGUGAACAAGCUAGUAAACUGGGAGCAAUUAACAGCACAUUAAGUAAUCAAAGCAGAGAAGCUUUCAUUGACUGGGCAAGAUAUGAUGAUUCACAGGAUCACUUUUGUGAACUUGAUGAUGAGAGAUCUCCAGCUGCUCAGUAUGUAGACCUUUUGUUGAACCCUGAGCGUUACACUGGCUAUAAAGGGUCCUCUGCGUGGAGAGUGUGGAACAGCAUCUACGAAGAAAACUGUUUCAAGCCUCGAUCUGUUUAUCGUCCUUUAAAUCCUCUGGCACCCAGCCGAGGAGAAGAUGAUGGAGAAUCGUUCUACACGUGGCUAGAAGGUUUGUGUUUGGAGAAAAGAGUCUUCUAUAAGCUUAUAUCGGGACUUCAUGCUAGUAUCAAUUUACAUCUAUGCGCAAAUUAUCUUUUGGAAGAAACCUGGGGUAAACCUACCUGGGGACCUAAUAUGAAAGAAUUUAAACGCCGCUUCGACCCUGUGGAAACCAAGGGAGAAGGCCCAAGAAGGCUAAAGAAUCUGUACUUUUUAUAUUUAAUUGAGCUUCGAGCUUUAUCAAAGGUGGCCCCGUACUUUGAGCGCUCAAUUGUCGAUCUUUACACUGGAAAUGUAAAAGAGGAUGCCGACACAAAAACCCUUCUACUGAAUAUCUUUCAAGAUACAAAGUCCUUUCCCAUGCACUUUGACGAGAAAUCCAUGUUUGCAGGUGACAAAAAGGGGGCCAAAUCGUUAAAGGAGGAAUUCCGGUUACAUUUCAAGAAUAUCUCCCGUAUAAUGGACUGUGUUGGAUGUGACAAAUGCAGGUUAUGGGGGAAAUUACAGACUCAGGGUUUAGGAACUGCCCUGAAGAUAUUAUUCUCAGAAAAAGAAAUCCAAAAGCUUCCAGAGAACAGCCCAUCUAAAGGCUUCCAACUCACUCGACAGGAAAUAGUUGCUCUUUUAAAUGCUUUUGGAAGGCUUUCUACAAGUAUAAAAGAGUUACAGAAUUUCAAAGUCUUAUUACAACACAGUAGGUAAUAGAGGCUUUUAUAUGUCUAAUUAGAGACAUAAAGUGACUGUGUGAAGCCUUUUUAGUCUUGGACAUUUCAGCAGAAGGAGACUAAUCUUCAGACUUCAAGAAUUCUGAACUCUUAAAGAGAAAAUUCAAAUGUUCACUUGAAUAUUUAUGCUUCUUAAUAGAUUAUCAAUUAGAGAUAUUUGUAAAUGAAAUAUACUUUUAAAACAUGUAAACUGCACUAAUUCUGUAUUUAAUUCCACGUGUUUCCAUCUGUUGAAUAUUCUGCUCUUCCAUUUGUUUAGAAUUGGCUUUGUGCUUAUUCUGUUCUUUAUUUCCAGCUGUCAAACUUAAAAUGACUAUGUCUCCAUCUGAAUAAUACUGUUAACUAGUCUGUUAUGGAAAAGGAGAACUAGGGAGCAAAUGUUGCUUAGGGCAGGUAUCAGUGACAAAAAUUUGUCAGUGAUUUUUAAAUGUAUUUUUAGCCUUGCCUAGUUCUGUGUGUCACCUUCUGUAAUAUGGAAGUGUCAGCGUGAUCAAUGACCCUUUCAAUGUAUAGUUAUAGUAGUUACUUAAGAAUCCCCAAGGCUUCAGUUUCAUUGGUUUUUAUUGAAGAUUUUAGGUUGUUGUUGUCGUGCUUUGCUUUGGUCUAAAGGACCUGCUUCGGCAAAGGUGAAUAAGUGAUAUCCCCUGUGCUACCCAGCCAGAUCUCACGCGCCUGCAGUGGACUGGCUCAAGAGGAUUCUUUACUUAGGACGCGUAAAUCAGUCUCUAUUGAUUGCGUGUUUCUUUGCCCCUGCUCCAAUUUUAGAAAUUUUUGUUUAAGAAAACAAACCAAAAAAAAAAUUGCAUAAAUACUUAUUUAACAGUUUCCAUCUUAUAAAAUUUGAAUGGAAUUAUAUGGAUUUAUAACACCAAAUGAAAACAUUAUAUACACAAAACUUACUAUUUUAAAGUAAGCAUUUUUAAAGGAUUUUAUUUCAGAAUACAGUCUAUGCAAUCUUCUCUCAAUCUGAUUUUCUUUGGUAGGGUAUUUAAGUAGAUAAAUUAGUUCAUACCUUCUCUAAGCUUCCCCUUUCCCCACCUUUUCUUUCUUAGUUCUUUGUAUAUAAAUGGUACUUCAUGUGACUUGUACCAACAGAUGACUUCAUAAGUCCUAAACUGUCAUUUUCUAAACCUGGGAUUUAAAUAUCCUUAAUAUUUAAAAUAUUGAUUACUUUAAAAGGUGUUAGUAUAUAUAAUGUGAUUAAUUUGGAAGGUUGCAUCUGUGCAGAAGUAAUGCGGGUAUCAGUCUUUCAUGAAGUAAAUAAGUGCUCUUAAACCCAUAUCUUAUCCUGCCAAAGUCUGAACGUGUUCAUUGAUGAUUUUUAGUGGCAUAUUUUAACUUGUAUUUAGUUGGCUUAUCCCUCUUUUAAAAAUACUUAGCUGUCCCUUGGAGGGCUAUGGUUUGAGGGAGUAAGAUCUCACUAUUUAAUUAUUUUCUUACCCCGUUUCUAACCUUUAUAGACCUAGAGUUUUCAUGUUCUUGUUGAUAGUGGUGGUAUUUUUUUUAAGUUGAAUAAAACAGGCUGACUUGGUUGGAGACUCCUCCACUUUUUCUUUUCAUUUUUAGGGAUGCAAGUAUUGUCUGGUGGGAGAGGGGGACCUUCAGGUAAAUUUGUCUAAAAAGUGAAUAUCUAAGUAAUCUGGCUGGUAAAUUAAUAAGAAUUAUUCUUAGUGUUUUUCAGAGUCUAAGAAAAUGUGAAUGUUUUGCACUUUGUCUAUUAUUACUGUAAGUUUAAAAAUCUUUUUGGUAGUGUUACUUCACCGUUCCCUCAGUUAAAGAUAAAGGCUAUUAUUUAAGCUCUAUUUCCUGGAGAAAAUCUUUGGUCGUUUCCAUUU